AUGUCCCGCGUGGUCCACGUCCUGCGCGCUGGCCGCCUCUCCUACCAAGCUGGGCUGGACCUGCAGCGAGCCGUCUCGUCCACCGUCGCCAACAGUCCCAACGGCCCGCUCCGCAACGUCCUGAUCCUCACGGAGCACGACCCCGUUUACACCGUCGGAAUCCGCACCAAAGCGUACGGCCCGGAAGAGGAGCGCCGACUGAAGCAGCUCGGGGCGGACUUCUUCCGCACGAACCGGGGCGGUCUCAUCACGUUUCACGGGCCCGGCCAGCUGGUCGCCUAUCCGGUGCUGAACCUGAAGAACUUCCAGCCCAGCGUCCGGUGGUACGUUUGUCACGUGGAAAAAACGGUCAUUGAGCUGUGUCGGAGGUUCGGGAUCCGGGCGGAGACGACGCAGGACACGGGCGUGUGGGUGGGGGGUGGCGAGCGGAAGAUUUGCGCCAUCGGAAUCCACGCCAGCAGGUACGUAACGACGCACGGGUUGGCGCUCAACUGCGACACGGAGUUGGACUGGUUCGGGCACAUUGUGCCGUGCGGGAUCGAGGGGAAGGGGGUCACGUCGUUGAGUCGGGAGUUGGGGAGGAAGGUGACAGUGGGGGAGGUUACGGGGACGUUUUUGGACAGCUUUCGGGACACGUUGGAGUGCGAUUUGGAGGAGUUGGACGAGGACGGGAGACUUGCUUUGGUGGGGAGUUCUUCGAAAUGAUUCUGGUUGGACAGCGUGACCUUAUUCACAGCCCAAUAAGCCAAUUUUGUAUUUAAAUAAAGUUGAGAUUAUUCCGAUUCUUUAAAAAUUAA